AAGGCCGACAGCCGUCGAAGGCCGGCCUGACCUAUGCAAGGCCCCACCGUCGCGGCGGUGUACGUCGUCGUGUGCGUCGGCUUCACGGUCGGCCUCUUUGUGGCGUACUCGCUCUGGGCGCUCGCCUCCGAGAGCGCGGCUGGCAAAGGCCGCCCGAGAGCGCGGCGGGCCGAGCAGCUGCAGGCGGGGAAGCGGCGCGAUGAUCGCCGCAGCGCCGAUGUGCAGGCCCGCCUGCAGCGUGCCUUCCACGCGCGCCGCCGGCUUCGCGUGCGCGUGCAGGGCCUCAUGCUGACGACGGCCCUGGCGGUGCUCGUCUGGGGCCUUAUCCCCGCCGGGCUGGUCGCGGCGGACCUGUGGCCAGAGUCGCUGCACAGCUGGGUCACCGCCUUCUGCGCCUUCCCCGUCGCCUUUGUCUUCACGCUGAUGUCGCUCCGCCCGACCGACACCGUGUGCAUCCGCGUCGUGAGCGGCUGCUGGCUCGUCAUCGCGCUCCUGCUGACGGGCUGCUUUGUCGCGCUCGCGCUCGGGCACCCCGAAGACGACCCCGCCGAGACGGAGUGGUACUUUGGGGCGCAGGCGCUCAUCUGCAGCGGCCGCGUCCUCUUCGAGGUCCACGCCACCGUCUCCAGCCCGCCCCCCCGCCGCCGGCUGCUCCGCCUCACGGGCGUCGUGCGCGGCUCCAUGGCCCUGGGCGGGCUGGCCUCGCUGCUCUACUUUCCGCUGCGCGCGCUGUACCUCGAGCCCGCGUUUGCCUCGUCCAAGGACUUUGUCCCCUCCCUCGCCAUCGGCGUGGUCGAGAUCGUGUGCGCGGUGCUCCUGCACCCGCGGCUGCGAGGAGUGGCGCUCGCCGCCCUGAGCCGGAUCGGCUCCACGCCCGAGGAGCGGGAGGCGGCGGUGGUCGCCUCGCUGUGCUCGCUCGGCCGCCUCACCCGCUCCGAGCUGCUGCCGCUCGCCGAGGCCAGCUUUCGCGCGGUCCGCUUCGACAAGCUGCGAGAGUCGGACCUCUCCCCGAGAGGGCUGGCGCCCGGGCCCGCGGCGGGCGCGGCGCCGCUCGGCGAGCCGUGCGAGCUCGGCGAGUGCGACGCCUUUGUGAGCCACGCGUGGAGCGACCCGGCCGGCGCCAAGUGGGCGGCGCUGCGCGCAUGGGCCGAGCGGUUCGAGGCCGAGGAAGGCCGCUGGCCCAAGGUCUGGGUCGACCGGGUGUGCAUAGACCAGGCCAACAUCGAGGCGUCGCUCCCGUGCCUCCCGAUCUUCCUCGCGGGCUGCCACACGCUCGUCAUCCUCGCCGGGCCGAGCUGGUCGUCGCGGCUCUGGUGCGUCAUCGAGCUCUUCACCUUCCUCCGCAUGAAGGGCGCCGAGGACCGGAUCUGCGUGGUGCCCCUGCUGCCCGGCGACACGGCGCAGGAGCAGCGCGCAGCACUCGAGGGCGUCGUCGCCUCCUUCGCCUCCUUCGACGCGAGGCAGGCGCUCUGCUCGCGCUCCGAGGACCGCGAGGCGCUGCUCGCCGUGAUCGAGACGUCGUUUGGCUCGCUCGCCUCCUUCAGCGAGUGGGCCAAGAGCCUCUUCUCGGAGCGCGCAACCAUCGUGAGCCGCCACUUUGACGCGCGAGAGACCGUCGGCGCGUGGGGCGGCGUAGAGACGAGCCGCGGGUGGCAGGGGCUCUCGCGGCUGUUCCGCGCGCGCAGCGGCGCCGCCGGGAGCCGCUCCGGUCGGCGCUCCCGGCGGCACUCGAGCGCAGCGGGCAGCGCGUGCAGCGGCGCGAGCAGCGGGCCAGUCGCGGCCUCGCCACGAGUGAGCGAUGCGACGCGAGGAACUUCUGCGGAGGAGUGCGAGGUGGUUUAGGGUUUAGCGCACAUAUGGGACAACACUGGCGCGGUGCGAGAUGUCGCCGUUGAAUUAUUGAACGACGUCGACGAUGAGCGCGAAGGCCUGAAUUUUUAGCCAAUUCUUGAUUUCUUUCGCUAUGGUAGUGCCAGUUCG